AUGAAAGGCAAUAAUAAGAAGACGAUGACGAAGCAGAUAACGGCGAGACGUGACGACACGCCGUUACUCACGGCGGUUAGAGAAGGCCAAACGGAGCUUCUGGUAGAGAUGAUCGGCGAAUACGACGGCGUAGAGCUGAAAGAGUUGCUGGCGGAGCAAAACCAGUCAGGAGAAACGGCUUUAUACCUGGCGGCGGAGUCCGGCCACAUCGACAUGGUUAAGAUCUUGAUGAAACACUCCGACUCUGUUUUAGCCGGAACCAAAGCCAAAAACGGCUUCGACGCCUUCCACAUCGCCGCCAAAAACGGAAAUCUAAAGGUGCUUGAUGUGUUAAUGGAGGCAAAUCCAGAGCUUUCAUUUACAUUUGACUCAUCCAAAACGACAGCGCUUCACACGGCUGCUUCACAAGGUCACGGAGAGAUCGUUUGUUUCCUGUUGGACAAAGGUGUGGACUUAGCUGCUAUAGCUAGAAGCAACGGUAAAACCGCAUUGCACUCUGCGGCUAGGAACGGGCACACAAAGAUUGUCAAGGAACUGAUCGAGAAAAAGAUUGGAAUGGUCACAAGAGUCGACAAGAAAGGUCAAACCGCACUUCACAUGGCGGUUAAAGGACAGAACACCGAGAUCGUUGAUGCGUUGAUGAAAGCAAAUGCUUCUUUGAUCAAUGCAGCUGAUAAUAAAGGAAACACUCCUUUGCAUAUCGCAAUCCGUAAAAACAGAGUAGAGAUUGUUCAUACAGUUUUAAAGUAUGAUGAAAUCGGUAGAGUGGCGGUUAACAAGUCAGGUGAAACAGCUCUUGAUAUUGCUGAGAAGACCGGUUUGCAUGAGAUUGUGCAGCUUCUUCAGAAGAUUGGUAUGCAGAACGCAAGAUCAAUCAAGCCAGCUGCAAGAGUGGAAGCAUCAGGCUCUUCGAGGAAGCUGAAAGAGACGGUCAGCGAGAUAGGCCACGAGGUGCAUACACAGCUUGAACAAACCGGGAAAACGAGAAGAGAGAUCCAAGGAAUCGCUAAACGGGUCAACAAAAUGCACACGGAAGGACUCAACAACGCCAUAAACUCCACCACCGUCGUCGCCAUUCUCAUAGCAACCGUUGCUUUCGCAGCUAUCUUCAACGUUCCAGGCCAGUUCACGGACGAUCCUGCAAAAGUUCCUGAAGGGUACUCACUCGGAGAAGCAAGAGCAGCUUCGAGACCCGAGUUCUUGAUCUUCGUUGUGUUUGAUUCUUUCGCGCUCUUCAUUUCAUUAGCUGUGGUUGUGGUUCAGACGUCAGUGGUGGUUAUUGAGAGGAAAGCUAAGAAACAAAUGAUGGCGAUCAUCAACAAGCUCAUGUGGAUGGCUUGUAUAAUGAUCUCUGUCGCCUUCUUGUCGCUCUCUUUCGUUGUUGUCGGAGAUAAAGAGAAGCCUUUGGCGAUUGGUGUGACCGCCAUUGGAGGUUUGAUCAUGGUUUCAACACUUGGGACUAUGUGUUAUUGGGUGAUUGCGAAUCGGAUUGAAGGUUCUAAAUCGUCUCCAGCUUCGAUGAUGUCAGAUCCUGAGUUGGUUGAUCACAAGCAUAACCGGAAACUUUAUGCGGUUUGA